ACAAACGAAAAAGCAAUUAAAGCCGUAAAUACGAGGAUGCGAACAGAGUAGAGAUGAAGAUGGCGGACCAGAGUCAAAGUGUCGUGUUAAGGAGAAAUAGGCCUGGAACUAAGGCUCAGAAUUUUUACCGAUGGUGUGAAGAGGCAUAUGAAGAGAUGGACUCGACCCUUGUAGUGCAGCAGUACAUCCAGCAGACCAUCCGACAUGACCACAACAACAUUGACGCCAUUCUCAAUGCCCCAGAAACUCAAGAUGAAGGGGUUUGGAAGUAUGAGCAUCUAAGGCAGUUUUGUAUGGAGUUGAAUGGCUUGGCAGUACGACUACAGGGAGAGUGCCAGCCCACUACGUGCACUCAGAUGACAGCCACAGAGCAGUGGAUCUUCCUCUGUGCUGCACACAAGACACCCAAAGAGUGUCCAGCUAUUGACUAUACCCGACACACCUUGGAUGGGGCUGCCUGUCUUCUCAACUCUAAUAAGUACUUUCCCAGCAGAGUAAGCAUCAAAGAAUCCUCCGUAGCCAAACUGGGAUCAGUGUGCAGGAGAGUCUACAGGAUAUUCUCCCAUGCAUAUUUCCACCAUAGACAAAUAUUUGAUGAAUUUGAGGCGGAGACCUCUCUGUGUCGGCGAUUUACAGUUUUCGUAACAAAGUACAAUUUGAUGUCUCGGGAUAAUCUUAUUGUUCCUAUCCUGGAGGAUGAAGGCGCUGGACAAGGCGAGUCAGACGCAUAGGAUGGAUGUGUCUGAAAGUAGUUAGACGUGGAGAAAUAAUUGAUUGUGCUGUACAUUGAUGCUAAAACUUCAUGAUAUGUGCCCUGCCUACAGAAAAUAGUAGUGACUGGGCUCUCCCCCUGAAAAUGCAACAGUGGCUUAUUUGACACUGUUGUUUUGCUUUGAGAAUCUGAGCCUCGACUUUCCAAAUAUCAACACUGUGCUGUGGCUCUUGAUUUCUGUUGAUUGUUUUAUUUUUCAGUUGAAUAUUUGCACUGGCUCUUCAUUUCAACUCUUGAAAGGAUUAAUGGAGGUUGCUGCAUUGCUGUACAUUAUAUUGCAACUGAUGCCUUACAUACACCCAAAAGAAGGGAAAAGAAAUUCCAAAAGAAGAUAAAGGGGAGGGCCCAAUUAGACUCCAGUUACCCUCUAACUUUGGUGACAGUUGUAACACAAAGAUUUCCUACCUUUUACAGGUUAACAGGUGCUUUCUGAGGUACCAGGUACUUACAGGUAGGAUAGAAAAUGAAUUGAGCUGAUGGAAUCAGUAAAGGAAAUGUUUUAAAAGGAAAGUAAGUAAUGACUUUUGAGCUGUCAGUCUGCGCUUCAGAUGGAAAUGGCUUGUUACUGAACAUUUGACUUCUGUAGCCUGUUUUGAGGAUUAGCGUAAAAAGAGAAUAACAUUGUAUAGAAUUUAGUAAAUGGAUAGUAGAAGGAUAUGUUUGUGUAUUUAUUUUUAAUCAUAAUUUUUAUUAUUUCUGUUCUCCAUGAAUCAACAAAUGGAAGUACAAGACAAUAGAACUAUCAUAAUUUGGGAGCAUACUAUAUUUUAUAAAUGAAGAUCAAGAGAAUUUUCAUAAAUCAGUAUAAGUUUAUUAAUUAUGAUUAUUUUUGAGGAUUUUUGGAAUGAUUAUAUUUAUAACUAAACAAACACAAACAAACAAACACACACCCUAGUCCUCUGUCCAAAAAGUAAUGUUAAUUGGCAACUGAUAUGCAAUGAUUAGAGAGAAAGGUCUUACAUAGACAUUGAGUUUAUCUAUCUUCAAGUGACAUUAGGUUUCAGAUGGUGAAGCCAAUAACAGUUUAUGCAUUUACCAAGUUGUAAUAGUUGAGUUGGAAGGAGAUGUGUUUAUCUACCAUUCUAUUUUUUGGUAAUAAAAAACUGAUGAGA